AUGCCAAGAAGGAAUCUAGUACCAACUAACCCAAUUGUAUUCAGGGAGAUUUGCGGUAUGGAUGAAAGCGUCGAUCCUGACGAGAGCGGGGCGAGACGUUCCUAUCCGUCUGGAGCCGUGGAUGACGAGGAGAAAUUCAUCCCUUUCUUCAUGGCUCGCCGAACGCUGCUUUCAUGUAACCACUAUCGAAGUCCAUCAAGUCAACUCCUCGAAUUGGGCUCUAUCAAUGUGGGAAAAUGCCAAAGUAUCGAAGCUGCAAUGGUAGGGAAAAGUAAACAAAUAUACAUAGAAUCCCCUCUUCCCGAAGAUAAUCUUAUCUGGGUAAGUGUACGCACGGAAGUCGGACAAAAACAAAAAGUUAAAGAUAUGGAUAUCACUCAUCGAGUAGGUGAAGUUAGAAAUUUGGUUCGUGGAGGCCAUAACCGUUGUGCCAAUGCUGUUCUCGGUUUACUGUAUCCGCAGUUUGCUAAGACCCUCAAAAAGCAGUCCAGUCUCUGGGCCGAGGCACCUGUUGGUGGUCAGCGUGAGAACUUCGACGAGUUCUUUACAGCCAUCCGUGAACGGCGCAAAAACCCUCCCACUUAUGAACUAAAGUUAGAUGGGCUUAGCACCACUCUUCUUCCUUUUCAAAAAGAUGCUGUCAAUUUUAUGAUACACAAAGAACUCUUUGCUCCUGUUGACCGUGGGGAUUUGUUGAAGACUAUCAUUUUGCCCGAGCACAAUGACAUCCAGUAUUUUCCUUGUUUGGGUCUUUUUGUACGCUGUAAAUGUGACCAUAUCUCAUUUGUAGAUGAUGUUCAAGGCGAGUUUGCGAAAUUGUUAUGGAGGUAUAUGUUUGACUUUGUUGGUUUAUAGGU